AUGGGCAAGUUGGCUAAUUAUGAUGGAGAAUUCGAAUCUCCUCGCAUACCAAAAGAAGCUGAAGUAUUAGAUGAUAAUUUGCCAAAUUUAGGAGAAAUGGCUAGACUAAUCGGUCAAUCCUCCAAUGCUCUGACCAAGGCUUUAGAAAAUCUAAAUCGAGAAAUACAAGGCUUAAAACAAAACAUUCAAGCAUCUGGCGGAAACGGCGGCGGAGUACAGGCACAGAUUAUGCAACUACGUAAAAUCGUUGCUACUACUGUUGCUGCGGUUGCUACCGGCGGUGCUUCCUUAGCAAUCCAAGCAGUUGCUAUUGGAGCAGCCUACUUAGCAGGUUCUGCGAUGGAUGCUGAUAUCAAAAAAAGAGAGAAUGAGAAUAAACAAUUGGCUUUGGCUGGUAAAGCUGGGGAAGUAAUAACCAAUCAAGUGAAUGGUUUACAGAAUGAUAGAAGUCAGAAAGUAAACCAAUUGAAUACUUUAGAGCAACAAAUCCAACAAAAGAAAAGUAAGUUAAACGAUCCUAACACCUCUGAGAGUGAAAAAGCCCAAAUUAGAAGUGAGUUAAUUUCAGUUGUAGAACAAGCAGAUAAAAUCAGAAACGAAAUAUUGGAUUACGAUAAAAAAAUAGAAGACUUAUUAAAAAACAUUCCAAAUGGUAGUGAAAAAGAUAAAAUAACAAUUGUUAUGAACAUGGACAAAAAAUUGGAAGGACCUUUUCAUACUUCUCCUGGCAAUAAGUGUAAUGCAUGUGGGAAAGUAAUAGAAAAUAAAGAAUAUAGGAGAAAUUACAACGAAGAACUUUAUCGAGAAACUGGAGGAAAAGAAGGUCGAAUUACUUAUUGCCUUCCAUGUGGAAAGGAGACUAUUAUUGCUGAGAAUGAAGAGGAGAAUAAAAGGAUUAAAAAAAACCAAGAAGAAAGAAAAAAAGGGACACAAGAGACAAUUAGAAAUUGCUUUGCUGUAUUAGACUCUUUAUUCCAAAGACUAGCCCAAGAAAAUGUGGUAGGAACCAUUGAAGAUUACAAAAAAAUAAAAGGAAUUCAAGAAAGAAUAAAAAAAUUAGACAAAAAGACAAUAAUAGAUCCAUUUACUGGUCAAGCAUGCCCUCUUAUUAAAACUGACCUUAAGAAUUUAAAAAAAUAUUGUCAAGAUCUAAUUAAUGAAUAUAUUUCACCUAAAGAUAGAGACACAGUUGAUAAUAAAGAAACCGAAAGUCCAAAGUUCUUACAAUCUUUAAAGAGUUAUCAUAUAGACAAAUUAAAUAAGAAAAUGCUAAAUAAUGGCAUUUCUUCUUUUGAGUUAAAUAGUUUGAAUUAUCAAAGCAUGUUAACUGUGCCUGAUUUUCUUUUAACCCAAGAGGGAAUUAAAGACACUUAUCAAAAAGCCGAAAAAGACUUAGAAGAAUUGUUAAAGAAAAAGGGUAUUAGUAUUCCGCAACCAAAUAGUAGUUCUCAACAAUCACAAUUACUUUCAGAAAUCAUGCAAUUAGAAUCUAAUCCUACUAGUUCUAAUAUUCAAGAAUUAGACUCUAAAAAACAACAGUUAAAAACUUUAGAGACUAAAUCUAAAGAACUAAUUAAACUUUUACCUUUAGAUACUCAAAUUACUAUAUUACAGAAAGAAAUAAAACUUUUAGAAAGCAAACCCACUAAAAACCAUUUAGAAAAGGUAUUAUUAACUGAUAAAAAGAAAGAAUUAGCGGAAUUAUUAAGUAAAAAAAACAAUUCAACUACUAAUAAUGCUAAACCUAGUGAUAAAACUGGACUUUAUAUUGGAUUAGGUGCAAUUGGAAUAUUAGUUGUGUUUGGUAUCUUUAUCCUAGUAAGAACGAGAACUCAUAAAAGAUCUUCGAGUCUAAGAACAGUAAAGUUAGUAAAUUAG